AAUUCUCCUGCAGCAGCAGCUCCUGUCUCCCGCCUUUCCCACCUUUCUCCUUCUCUCCUUCCCAAAUCGGCCAUGGCUCCCAAGAAGCCCGAGCCUAAGAAGGCAGAGCCUAAGAAGGAGGAACCCAAGCCGGCGCCUAAGCCGGCGGAACCGGAGCCCAAGAAAGAGGUGGAAUUUAACCCGGCUUCCGUCAAAGUGGAAUUCAGCCCCGACCAGAUCGAAGAAUUUAAGGAAGCGUUUUCCCUUUUCGACCGGACCCCCAAGUCGGAGAUGAAAAUCACCUACGCCCAGUGUGGAGACGUCCUGAGGGCUUUGGGGCAGAACCCGACCCAGGCUGAGGUGAUGAAAUUGCUUGGCAGACCCAAACCCGAAGAGAUGAAUUCCAAGAUGAUCGACUUUGAGACCUUCCUGCCCAUGCUCCAGCACAUCGCCAAGACCAAGGACACCGGGACCUACGAGGAUUUCGUGGAAGGGCUCCGGGUGUUCGACAAGGAGGGGAACGGCACGGUGAUGGGAGCCGAGCUCCGCCACGUCCUGGCCACGCUGGGGGAGAGGCUGACUGAGGAGGAAGUGGAUAAACUGAUGGCGGGGCAGGAAGACGCCAACGGCUGCAUCAACUACGAAGCUUUUGUGAAACACAUCAUGGCCAACUGAGCCCAGGACAAGAUAAGCACCGAGAAGUUCCGGAUACCGGCCUCGGAUUUCCAUGCUGGGAUUUCUCCCUUGUUUUUUCAGCCCAGAUUCCCAUUCCAGAGCUCCGAAAUGUGACUAAAAUCCCUAAAGAUAUUUGGAUAUUUUUGUUUCGUUUGGUUCUCCAUGGGGAGGGGGUGGAUCCUGUGGAGAUCCAAUGGAAGAAACUGGAAUGUGAACUACGAAUCCCUGGGAAUUUCUGUAGGAUGAAAGACAUA